AUGACCGACACCAAGGAUCACGCUCAGCAGGCCCCACCCGAAUCAAGUCCGCAACUCAGUCAUGUUGCGCGCCAACCAUCAUGGACGGGCUCUGUGGCCGAGAGUCCGACUAAUCAAUCACCUAUGCACAGUCGCAAGAGGUCUGCCGAUCACCUGCCUUCGGAGCCUCACGUGUCGCGCAAAGGACGGGCCUGUCUCGCCUGCCGCAAAUUGAAGGUCAAGUGCGACAGUCUCGAGCGGGGCGACGCCGGAUGCUCCAGAUGUCAACGCCUUGGUCUGGACUGCAUUACUUCGAAGCGCAUGAGGGUAAGUCUGGACGACGAUGGCGAAAAUCCACAUCCGUCGAUAGUCCGCCUGGACAGAGCCGUCGAGGACAUCCUCUCGCGGCUGAAGAUGCCCGCCUUGGAGUCCUACUCUCGGACGCAUCCAUCUCAACAUUUACAGCCUCCUCCCCCGAUGCUGGCGGUCCCUGUGCCCGCGGACUCGAAUGCGCAAACAACGCGGGAAAAUUCCCGGGAGCCGAUGAACCAAGACGAUGCCCAUGAAGUCGCCCCGGCACCGAUGGGCAGCUUAUUCGAAGUCACCCAGCUCAACACGUUACGAAGCCGUCUAAAGUACGGUGAUCCGGCACGGCGCAACUCGAAGAAGAACAUGGAAAACGACCUGGUUUCUAUGGGCAUCAUCUCCGUGGAAGAAGCGGAAGAUAUGUUUGACCUAUUCAAGAGAUCCCUCUCCCGCUAUCUGUUCGACGCGACAGUGCACGAAUCCCGCAGUUUACUCUCCGUUCGCGAAUCGUCGACAUUGUUCUUCACAGCCAUCAUCACAGUCACAUCGUUGCAUAUCCCCGGAAAGGAGAAAAUCCACGCCACGGCACAUAAACAGCUCCGCGACUUGAUUGCUGCCUCCUUCUUUGAUCGAUUCCAUACCCUCGAAGAUAUUCGCGCGCUGUGUAUCGCGGCCUUCUGGCUCCCCGAUUUAAGCUGGAAACUGUCCGGCCACUGUGUGCGCAUUGCCACCGAGUUGAACCUACACCAAGCAUUCUUCAAGGCGCUGUACUCGCAGAAACAAUCCCCGUCUGAACGAGAACAUGCCUUUGAACGCGCGCGACUGUGGUAUCUGCUAUACGUGCUCGACCAUCACUUCAGCAUCGCGUAUGGACGGCCGCCCGUGACGGCUGAACUGCAAGCCAUCAAAGAAUAUAAUGUAUUCCUCAACGCGCCGGAAUGCACGCCCUCAGACCGCCGGGUAUUGUCUCAGGUGACAUUGUUCAUCAUCCUGAGCAAAGCGUACAACCACUUUGGACUGGAAGCCGAACGAUUGAUGGACGGAGACGACGUUACGCUAUUGACGCAUCAGCGUUUCAUCGAGGACCUGGAUCGCUGGAGAUACCAAUUUCGCCAUGCCUUGAACAGAGAUGCCCACGUGGGAGACUAUCCUGCCGUCGGCGUGGAGCUACAUUACCACUUUGCCUCCAUGAUGCUUAACUCUCUUGCUCUCCGAGGUCGCUCCCUCUUCACAAUCUCUAGCACCAAUACACUUCCUUCGGCUCUCCGGCCCCUCGCCAGCCACGCAAUCUCCUCAGCGCAUCAGAUCCUGACCAUCGUCUUGGAAGAGCCCUUCAUCCGCGAUAGCAUGGUCGGCGUGCCUCUCUAUCUCCACACGGUGAUCGCCUUUGCCGUCGUGUUUCUCAUCAAGAUGAGCAGUCGCUGGACAGGCAUCGGCGUGACCAUCGACGCGGAGACGAAGACGAAACCCCUGAUCGAGGGCGUGAUUGCGCUCUUCCGGAGCUGCCGCGCGGGCAAGGGUCACAUUUUAUACGCCAUGGCAGAUGGGUUCGAGCGGCUGUUGAAACGCAACAUGGGCAGACCGGGCGAGAACGGUAUGGGCGCCGGAUACGGAUCACUCGACGCUUCGGCAGCGAGUAUGCGGCAGAAUGGAGGGAGAGAGACCCCCUAUUCGGCACAGCAUCCAACUGCACAGGAAUACUCCCGACCACCGGAGAUAUAUGCCAGUUCGAGCCGGACCAACACGCCGAAUCUCCUGCAUCCGCAGCAAACCACGGCGAGUCCCACGGCGUUUACGCCCACGGGCUCCGGAGCGCAGCAGCAACAGCAACCCUCCAAUGGGGCCGGAUUCGACCCUUAUGCGCUGUCACCUCACUCACAGCCAACUUCGGCGGGCACGUUCGGCGGCUGGCAGACGGAAGACGACAUGCUGUGGAGCAUGGGCAUGGGGUAUGACUUGUUGGCAACGGCGCCAGAUGUCAAUGCCCAUGGGUUGGGCGCGUUUGUAGGGUGGCCGGGAGGGAGCAUUGAAAGCGGUGGUGGAGGCUACUCUCAGUUAUAG